AUGGCCAAGCGCGGUGCCGAGAAGCAGAUCACGCAAGACAACACGGGCGACGACGACGACCGCUCGGACGAGGGCGGCGAGGGCGAGUUCCGCAAGGCGUCAGACGCUCAACUCGCAGGUCGCAAGAUCCGUGGACUGCCCAAGCGCAAGGGCGCUGCUGGAGGACAACGGCAAGCUCAGGCUCCUCGCCCGCAACGAGGUCACCGGCAGCGUCCAAAUCAACUUCUCCCUCUUCCCCUCGCUCAACUUGACCAAGGAGAAGACCUUCAUCACGUUCACGGGCCUCGACAAAGCCGGCAAGCCCGCCGUGUACCGCAUCCGGUUCAAGACCCUCGAGAUGCGCGACGAGUUUGACGACGCCGUCGAGGACGCCAAGAAGAAGCUCCCGUCCUAGUGCGCUCGGGCCCCUGUAGUGACGUUCAGUGGUGUGCAUGCAUGGCAGUUAUCUUCCUCUCU